CAUCUAUUAUGUACUGUCUUAAAUGGAUAUGUCUGACGUGUCACGAAUUCGUAUGUUAAACGAAUGUUUCUGUGUAAAUUAUAUUCAUUGUUGUAACAAUAUCCAAUCCUUCUGACGCAGUUACAAGUUUCAAUAAUAUUAAGAUCGUCACGGUAUCUAUAGCGAGAAUGCGAGACCUGUAUUAAUUGGAAUUAUCAAAAGUAAACUUUGAGAUAUAAUACAUACUAUAUAUACAUACAGUUCUAUUAUGAUAUCAGAUAAGAGAAAAUAUUCGUAAUAUUAAUAGUGUAUGAAAAUUGUAUUAAAUACUAUAAAAUUAAAGCAAGAUGCCAGGAACUUUAACUUACCCGAUAUAUGCUGGUGUAGAAUCAUCUCCUCAAAGACAUCGGUCUUAUUCAUGGACUGGAAAUCAUUCAACAUCUCUAGUAUUACAGGAUAAUGCAAGACCUGGACGACUAUCACUAUCAGAACCUGUGGGAGAUGAGGCCACCAAAAAGCUGAGAUUAAAAGUGAUCGCUGGGCACCAGUUAGCGAAAAAGGAUAUCUUUGGUGCAAGCGAUCCUUAUGUACGUGUUGACUUGAAUACCAUAAAUGGCAAUCAUACAGUGGAUUCUGCACUUACAAAAACUAAAAAGAAGACUUUGAAUCCUGUUUGGGAAGAGGAAUUUAUAUUUAGAGUGAAACCUAUUGAUCACAAGUUGGUGCUACAAGUUUUUGACGAGAACAGAUUGACAAGGGAUGAUUUUCUUGGGAGAGUAGAACUACUAUUAAAUAAUUUACCUAAAGAGCAAGUGGGUCAAACAAUUCCUACUAGACGUUAUUUACUUCGACCUCGAAGAAAUCAUUCCAGUCAGCGUUCGAGAGUAAAAGGCACUUUGGAUCUAUACCAUGCAUAUAUUUCGGAUACAACGACAACAGAAAAUGACAAUGGGGAUGCUGCAUCUGACUCAGGGGGGUGGGAAAUGGUACAGCCAGUAAAUACUAACCAUCCUAUGCAGACAGUUGUCUUUGAUUCACCUUUACCACCUUUACCACAAGGAUGGGAGGAAAGACAAGAUGCAAAUGGACGAACAUAUUAUGUUAAUCACAUAGCAAGAUUUACACAGUGGGAACGACCAUCAGAAUCAAAUGCUUCACCCACUGGAAAUAUGGCAGUUGAACGAAACUUUAGUACCGCAGUCACUGAAUUUCAACGACGUUUUCAUAUUAGCGCAGAUAAUGAAAACAGACACAGAAGUUCAAUUAAUCAGGAUGGUGAAGUUCUCCGCGAAGAAGAUGAAGAUUCGGAAGCAAGAGAUUAUGAGAAUGAGAAUCAUAGGGGAGGGGGUAAUGGGAAUACUUCGUCAGACUCUGGACGUUCUGUUGAUCAACGUGGCUACCAUAGUGGAUAUGAAGACCAGAGUGACGAUAACGUAGAUAGUCCAGCUGGUUCUAGGCGCUCAUCUGAACAGAUUGAAAGUCCGAAACCCGUCCUUCCUGCAUUCAGUAAUGAGGGAUUACCACCAGGGUGGGGUAUGCAAACAGCUCCCAAUGGUAGAGUCUUCUUUAUUGAUCAUUGUGCAAGAACAACUACAUGGAUCGAUCCCCGAACCGGUCGUCCAAGUUCAAUACCUAAUCAUAUUGCUCCUUCUACAACACCAAGAAGUGAUUUGGAUCAACUUGGACCUUUGCCUGAAGGUUGGGAAGAAAGAGUACACACAGAUGGCAGAAUAUUUUUCAUUGAUCACAAUACAAGAACAACUCAAUGGGAAGAUCCGCGCAUGUCGAAUCCACAAAUUGCUGGUCCCGCUGUUCCAUAUUCGAGGGACUAUAAGCGAAAGUAUCAGUAUCUCAAGUCUCAACUUAUAAAGCCUAAUAAUGUUCCUAGUAAAUUUGAAAUAAAAGUUUGCCGAAACAAUAUCUUGGAAGAUUCUUAUCGUAGAAUUAGUUUCGUUAAUAGAGUUGAAAUAUUAAAGACUAAACUAUGGAUUGAAUUUGAAGGAGAAGUUGGUUUAGAUUAUGGAGGUCUUGCUCGAGAAUGGUUUUUCUUAUUGUCUAAAGAAAUGUUCAAUCCUUAUUAUGGCUUGUUUGAAUAUUCAGCUACGGAUAAUUAUACGUUACAAAUUAAUCCAUUUUCGGGCGUGUGCAACGAGGGGCAUCUAAAUUAUUUUAAAUUUAUCGGCCGUAUAGCGGGUAUGGCUGUUUACCACGGUAAACUGUUAGAUGCCUUUUUCAUUCGACCAUUUUAUAAGAUGAUGUUGGGUAAAACUAUUGACUUAAAAGACAUGGAAAGUGUUGAUUCCGAGUAUUAUAAUUCUUUAUUAUGGAUUAAAGAAAAUGAUCCCAGUGAAUUAGAGCUUACAUUCUGUGUGGAUGAAGAAAGUUUUGGACAUACUUCUCAAAGGGAACUUAAACCAGAUGGUGCCAAUAUACCAUUAACUGAUGAGAAUAAAGAUGAGUAUAUAAGUUUGGUUAUACAGUGGCGGUUUGUGUCGAGGGUUCAGGAACAAAUGAAUGCAUUUUUGGAAGGAUUUAAUGCUCUUAUUCCACCUACAUUGGUGAAAAUAUUUGAUGAACACGAACUGGAAUUGCUAAUGUGCGGUAUUCAACACAUUGAUGUGAAAGACUGGAAACAGAAUACAUUGUACAAAGGAGAUUACCACGCCAAUCAUAUAGUUGUUCAGUGGUUUUGGCGAGUAGUGCUUUCAUUUAGCAACGAAAUGCGCUCUAGACUUUUACAGUUUGUUACUGGCACGUCACGAGUACCAAUGAACGGUUUUAAGGAGAUUUACGGCAGCAACGGACCACAAUUAUUUACAAUCGAGAAAUGGGGAACACCGGAAAAUUACCCGAGAGCUCAUACUUGUUUUAAUCGCAUUGACCUUCCUCCUUAUGAAAGUUACCAACAGCUCAGAGAAAAAUUAAUAAAAGCAAUUGAAGGUUCCCAAGGUUUUGCUGGAGUGGAUUAGCACGAGAUACCCCUUUUCAUGAUGAUAUCUGUAAUAUAAUACACACAGAAAAACACACACACACGCACACACACGCACACACACACACACAUGCAUACAUACAUACCCACAGCACUUAAAUACACUAAAAAUACACAUAUAUAUAUACAUAUAUGUAUAUGUAUAGAUAUAUGUAUAUAGAUAUGAUAUAAACACAACUAUGUAUACUAUCUAAUACAAUUAACUAUUUAACAGGAUUAACAUUUUUCUGCACUCUGAAGACUUAGGUGUCUCUUGACUGCUAGUUGCAUCAUUAAGACAAAUCAAUGAAAAAUGUGUUUAAAUAUUACAUAACUGUUACCAGUAAUUCAAAAGAAUCUUACGCAUAAUGCACUUUUAAAAUUCUAAGGUAUAUUUAACAAAGAAGUUUGGAAGUAACGUCGAAUGCUGUCUGAGCAAUUGACGAAUUACAAUUUAUUAACUUGUUCACUUUUUAAAUGUAAUCACAUAUUUUGACUACUACACUUUCAAGAGAUUUUUUGGGAAAAAUUUCGGUUAUCAUAAUAAAAGAAUAAUAUUCUAUUAUUAAUUGUAAAUAGCUUUAAGCUAAUAAUCGAUUCAUUGCUUAUUCUAAUUUGUUGAUAGAGCGGAAAAUGUUACCGAAGGAAUCUACGAACGGUAUAAGUUCACAAACUUAAAAGAUGGAAUAUUAUUUAAAAUUAUCAAGCACUUAAAAAGUUAUAUAAGUUAAGUUAUGUGGUACUUGCGUGGUAUAUAAGACAUGAGGUUUAAUUAACUAUACUCCCGCUAUAUCACGGAAUAAAUAAAAAAAAUGAUAAUAAGGACAGGAAAGUCUAAAAACAAAACUUAGAAAUGUAUCUCAUAUACAAUGAUGUUAUGUAAUUUUAACAAAUUUUAACGUAUUAACAUUUUCAAUCUUCAACUGUACAUUUUCAUUGUUUAAAAUACAAACCAUUGAUUUUAGGGAACUCCCAUAUAAUAUUUGAGUUCAACGAAUUCUCAAUGUUUUGUAAUAAUGUACAGUAGAAGAUCUCAGUAUUUCCUUCUGUAACUUAUAAAAAAACAAAAAACAAAAUUUUACUUUCUUUUGCAUAAAACAAUAUUUGAAUACUUAAUCAAGAAAUUAUCCUUUAGAUCUUCUAUUAUAGUAAUAGAGUCGAGAAAAUACAUUGUACCGAUAAAGAAGAAAUGUGCUGACAAAAAUCAGAAGGAAGAUGAUUCUAAAAAAGAUUAAUCAUGGUAUUAGAAGGUAUGACAAGAAGAAUUAUAGUCAGUAUGUUAUGUAUAUUUUGUUGUAUUUUCGAUCGAUUCAUCUAUUUAAAAUGGAGAGACGUUGUUUAAUUUUAGAGAAUAUACUCGAACUUAAUAGGGAACGUAGAGAUUCUUUAUCGAGACAGACGUAUCUGUUACACGAUUUAUUUGACUCGAACAUAGGACAGUGUUCUUCUUGUACAUUCUUCUAAGGACGUCUGAUGACAGUCACACUUUGUUCAGGUCAUUGUAUAUAGUAUUAAGUAAGAUAAAAAGAUAAAUAUAAAAUUGCUUGAACGAUGAAAUUCAUCUAUUUGUACAUUUUGACAAUAUGUGGAAAAGAAAAAAGGGAAGAUAUUCGAUUGUGUUAUCGGAAAUAAUAUUCGACGCAUGAAGUUAAUUGAUUAGAAAUGCCGCGAUUAACGUGACCUUGUAAAUGCCUACUUUGUACGAUAAUAGCUAUUCCAAGAAUGUAACAAACAUUCUAGAAGGUGUUUAGCACUUGAAGCUAACGAAACAUUCCAUCCUGUUUGUACAGCUUAUUUUAUUGUAAACAGAUACGUCCUGUUAGAUAAUAAAUAUUAUUAUUACGACAGAAA